AUGGUCUUUGCAUUCCGCUACCAGCCUUUCAAGGCCAUCUACACGCUGAGCACCGUAGCUGGUUUGCUCUUGCGACUGCCCUAUUGGACGCUCAUCAAUCUCCUUCCGUCCUGGCGGCCUAGGACCACCUGGACCUUGGGCAGAGCCAUAUUCGUCAAUGUUUUCCAGGUGUACAUUGCUUACGUAUACGAGACGGGUAUCCCAACUCCUGCAUACCCAAAGGAGGAUGCGCCAGACGCCGCCACCACCGGUCUCGUCUUCAUCGAUCCCGUACCCACUGAGCUGAUCGUGGGCGAAGUGAAAGAGUUCGCACGCGUCAACAACGUUCAGCCCGUCAGGACGGCUGGUUUCUGGAUCGGACCGCGCGGGCCCAGUGGUGAAGUCGGCCAGAAGGCGUCUCCGGGAGAGAAAGUCAUCUAUCACUUGCAUGGUGGAGGGUAUGUUAUGGGGACGGCGAACCCGAGCAGUGUCAGCAUGAAGUACAUGUAUGAAGGCCUGCAGGAGCACCUGCCCAACACCCGCAUCUUCGCCCUUGAAUACCGUCUUUCGAGCGCCGAGCCGUUCGGAAGAGCCAACCCUUUCCCAACCGCGCUCAUCGACGCUAUUUCCGGCUACCGCUACCUGCUCAAGGUGGUCGGCUUCUCCGCGAACGACAUUGUCAUCGGAGGCGACUCGGCGGGCGGCAACCUUGCAUUCGUCCUCGCAUACUAUAUCAGCAAAUAUCAGCUACCGAGCCUGCCAGCUCCGCGGGGCAUGAUCCUACUGUCCCCGUCGGCGGACGCGGCGUUGACGCAUGUCGGACGUGAUUCCUCGAUGUACAAGCACUCACGAUCCGACUUCGUGGGCCCUAUCUUCCAAAGUGGUUACAGCAAGCGAGCGUUGCUUGGGUAUCUGCCCGACGAUGUGGCGUUGACGGUAUGGUUUUCCCCCGGAACGCUACACCUCGCAAUGACGAAGGACAUGUUCGCGAACCUGCCUAAGACGCUGAUGAUUACCGGUGGUGCGGAGAUGACCCUUGACCCUAUGCGCACGCUGAGGGACAGGAUGGUGGUGGAUAUGGGCCAUGACGCGGUGACAUACGUCGAGGCCCCCGAUUCGACUCACGACUUCCUUGUACUUCCCCUCCACGAGCCAGAGAGAACUGACGCUCUCCGAAUCCUUGCGGGCUGGGUGAACAGCCUGUGA